ACAAGGAUUUAUUUAGAACAUGAAACAAAGUUAUAUUGAAUUUCUAUUCAACGUACUUAGAAUUACUGUAUUGCUGCUGAUCAUUAUCGGAUUAUCUAGAAUUUAAGAUCUAGUCUAACUAAUCUGAUCUUGAAGAUCUAUCUAGAUCUAAUCAUGUACUGCGUUCAAAUGACCCCCAUGGCCAUGGGAUUAUAUAAAUAACCUUAUACAGAUCUAGAGAUGUAAUCUAUCUAGACUCUAGUCACACUCUAGUGACCUAGUCGCUAGUCACUAGUGACCUGGUCAAGUCUAGUCUCUCUAGUCAAGUCCAAGUCACUCACUCUACUAUAAUUAUAAUCUUUAUGACUAUAUUAUAUAUAUAUGAGACGCUAGAGCUAGAAUCUUAGUAUGUAAACUUCUAAACAAAAGUUACAAUGUUACACUUACUAAGACUUAAUUCACGUUACACUACACUGUAACUAGUUACAGUUUAAGUUUUGAGUUAGAUAUUGAGACUAAGACUAUAGCCAUAGUAUAGUGGCACAAGUGACAAUUGUGUAGGCGACUUAUAUCAUUCCAGAAAUGAGUAGCAGCCAAAACACUGUGCUUCAAGUCCUGACACUGUCUGCUCCAAAUUUAAGCACAUUUUUUGAUAUUUGGUAUUACAUAUUUCUAUCAGCUCUGAUCUCCUCAUUGUUUGUACAUGCAGUCGCUACUCUCAUUGCGUUUCUAAGAUUGAGAAAACAUAACAUUGGUCGCUGGAUUCCCCUGGCAAUGCUCAUUAUGGGGUUUCUGUCCCCACUAACAGGUGGUGUUGUUAGCAGUGCUGCAACAGCUGGUGUUUUGAAAGCCUCCGAUAUCGUUUUACAGCCUCUCUAUGCAAUCAUCUUUGGCAUAGCUCAUACUUUUAUGGUAGUAGUUGUCUCGUUCCUACGCAUUUUGGCAACAUUGUAAUGUUUUGUAACUUUCUAGCUGAAGUCUAACUUAGCCAGCAGACUUAAAAGCAGUAUUCUAGUGAGAUUUUGACUAACUGCUUAGUCCAGAAACUGAUAAGAGACUUAGUUAAUAUAACGGCAGAAAAGUGUCACUGAAACCAAAUUUGUUUCUUUUUGAAACUUAAAAUGGAGAAGGCAGAUGAAGUACAGCUCAAUUGUUUCUCUAGCUAACAAGGAAUGAAGUUGUUGUGAGUCCUAAGCAACUAUCAACCACGCUAUAUUGUCCUAACAGUGUUGUCAAGUUAAUGGACAUCCUGAGUAAAAAGUUCAGAGCUCACUAGUAAUCAAAACUCUCCCUUGGUUUGGUAAACUUUGCUCUGACCACUCUGCCACAAAUUCCUAGAGUUAGUGGCAAAAUCAUAAAGUUAUUGGCAGGCUUUAACCUUGUCUAUUGAAGUUGUAUUACUAUUGUUCUCUCAGUUACAAAACUUUAUGGAGAAAUUCCUAAAUUAUUAUCUAUUUAUUGCCAUGACCAUUUUUUGAUUUAAAAAAAAAAGAAACUUUGCUUAUUAAUGUACACAUUCUUGUACCAAUAACUUUGAAAUGGUGUACAUAAUUACUGGUACAUUGAGAUUAGUGUGUGUUUCUGUUUUCAGUGGAAAUAUUGUAUAGUUAAUAUGCUCAUUUAAUAAAAUAAAGUUCCCCUUUAAGACCUUGCGAUCUAUAGGUCAGAUGAUGUUAAGUGUAUCUGUUUCUUUGGCCAACGGUUAACGAGCUGGGUUUCACAUGGCCAGCACAACAACCAACUGCCUUUACUUUCCUCGGGUACCUAUUAGAGUUUGGUCAGGGGCGCCCUAAAAAUCCUAAAAUUCAAAAUCCCAGUCUUCACUGAGAUUCGAACCCAGGGCCCCAGGUUCCGAAGCCAAGCACUUAACCCCCCUUAUACUCACAUAUUAAUGUGAUUAUUUUCUUGACAUAUUGUUUUUACUGAUAUCAAAACUUUUGAAAAUUGACCUGACAUUUUGAUUUGUUAUUGCUUUAUUUAUGACCUGCCUGGCAAUUUCGGCAAUAGAAAAAGAGUUCUGGUUUGUUGCUGUGCACAGAGACACAGAGCUUUUUAAAACAAAAAAAAAAGACAACUGCCCUUUUGCAGAGAUGAUAGAACAUGUCUCAGUACUCACAUGAACUACAGUGAUGAAUUU